AUGGGUCUGUCUAUUACGUUGAUACACACAGCUCUGUGGCUGCUCUGCAACCUAGCCGCCACAGUUUUUGCCCAGAGCAUCAUCCCGCCAGGACUUUCAUCCGGGUUUUCAGACAAUAUCGGCCUGGAAGUCAGUUUUCAAGGGUUAGGCAGCCGGUUUGAUGGCAUCCCGGACGGGAGUACCGUCCCAGCGGCGGGCGUAUCGUCGAACCCCGUGUUCGCGCUCAGCGACCAGUCGGCGGUGAACACGCGGGUCGAAUUCCUCGUUAUGAUGCUCGACACCACGGACGCCGCCAAUCCAGUGCUCCAUUUUGCCCAGGAUCAGUUCAAGGCCGACGGCGUGCAGACGGGCAUUGCCUCGCAGGCCCAGCCGCUUGUGCCCUACGCGGCCCCGGGCAGCCUCGGCGAGACUGGCUCGCGCCAGUACUCCUUCUUACUUUUCCAGCAGCUAGCCGACAUCUCCGGCCUACCCCGUGCCGGCGAGACCCUUGAUGUCGCCCAAUUCCUGACGGCGAAUAAUAUGAAGGCAGCCCGCGCUGGCGUCGGCAUUUCGGUCAACAUGGCUGGUGGUGCGGCGGUGCCGUCGUCAUCUGCGAGCCAGGUCGCGCCGAGCAAUACACCUAUUGCUACCCUUACCCCGGCUGUCCCCACUCCCAUCUCAUCUGAGACUCCGGUCACUGUUCUCCCGACCACAUCGAUUGCGACAGGGCAACCUCUGCCCUCCAGCACGCUACUCACGUCAGCGGCAACGGGCACAGCCACUUCCUCGACUUCCGCAGCGUCCGGGACCUCGGGUACAUCAGGCAGCCAGACGAGCUCCGGCGACGGUACCGUCACGGCCGGCGGCAGUAUCAUUGAGUCCGUAUCAACGGGGACGCUGGGCCUGGUCGCCUGCGUCAUUGGCGGCAUGCUGCUGGGAUGA